AAUUGCUUCUUUUAUUAUUUCUAUCUGAAAGGUGUUUAUGUUGAAAAUGAUACCACACUGCUCCAUCCUGCUGUUACUAUGUGCGGCCCAGCUGCUCUCCCCUUCCUCAGCACUACCCUUCGAGCAAAAGGGCUUCUGGGAUUUUGCAAUGGACAGCAUGGACAGCGGUGGCAUAAUGGCGAUGAUGAGGGAUGAGGAAGAAGGUUCAGCUACGGGGGAGGUCCUUCCCCCUGACAUACACAUCUGUCCAUUUGGCUGCCACUGCCGCCUCAGGGUCGUUCAGUGCUCUGACCUCGGUUUGACAGAGGUGCCAAAAAAUAUUCCUCAAGACACCAAGUUUCUGGACCUGCAGAACAACUAUAUCAGUGAGCUGAAAGAAGAUGACUUCAAAGGCCUGACACACUUAUAUGGUCUGUCUCUGAGGAACAACUUCAUUUCCAAAGUCCACCCCAAAGCAUUUGUCCACCUGAAGCAAAUGCAGAAGCUCUACUUCUCUAAAAACUAUCUGACCACCAUCCCUAAGAACUUGCCAAAUUCCCUAGUUGAGUUGAGGAUCCAUGAGAACCGUAUCAAGAAGGUGGCGGCUGGAGCCUUCACAGGACUGGUCAACAUGAACUGCAUGGAGAUGGGAGCAAACCCCAUCCACAACAGUGGAUUUGAGCCUGGAGCCUUCAAAGGACUGAGACUGAAUUAUCUGCGUAUAUCAGAGGCCAAACUGACAGGAGUCCCCAAAGAUCUCCCAGAGACUCUCAAUGAGCUUCAUCUGGACCACAACCAGAUCCAGGCUAUCGAACUGGAGGACCUGAGCCGCUACAGAAACCUCUACAGGUUGGGUCUUGGUUUUAACCACAUCCGAAACAUUGAGAAUGGCAGUCUGUCCUACCUGCCCAGGCUGCGAGAGCUGCAUCUGGAGAACAACCGCCUCUCUCGUGUUCCUAAAGGCCUCCCGGACAUGAAAUACCUACAGGUGGUGUACCUGCACUCUAACAACAUCAACCAGGUGGGUGUGGACGACUUCUGCCCUCGAGGAUUUGGGAUGAAGAGGACUUUCUAUAAUGGCAUCAGCUUGUUUGGAAACCCUGUCAACUACUGGGAGGUUCAACCCGCGACAUUCCGCUGUGUCAGCCAGCGGCUGGCUAUUCAGUUUGGAAACUACAAAAAGUAAAGACAGGAAGUGGCAGAAAGAGUAAUGGAAGAUGAUGGAGGAGGAGAUAAUUUAAUUGGGGGAGAGAGAGAGAGAGA